GCUACUACCAGCGCAGCUUUCGCAUCAACAGCAUUAUCAGUCGCAAUGGCCGGCUCCCAGCUCAAACGCCUCAAGGCGUCUCUCAAAGAGCAAGGAAUUGUCGGCCCUCAGCAAUCGAAGAAGCAGAAACGGCGCAAUGCUCAGGAUGAGCGCUCUCGAAAUGAUAAACGACUUCAGCGAGGAGUGGUCUUGGAGGGGAUUCGCGAACAAUUCAAUCCCUUCGAUCUUAAGCAUGCCAAGGGCCCAAAAUUCGAAGUUACGAGUAACCGGCCUACGUUGACUGCUGGUAGCAUCAAGGGUCGUCCGGGCCAGGCCAAAGCAGCCAGCGAGGAGAGGCGCCGGCAAACCCUUCUGGUCGAGAUGCAACGCCGCAACAAGGUUGGUGGAAUUCUCGAUCGUCGAUUCGGUGAAAACGAUCCCACAAUGGCCCCCGAAGACAAGAUGCUUGAGCGAUUUGCCCGAGAGAAACAGAGAAGUCACAAGAAGAACUCAAUGUUUGACUUGGAAGACGACGAUGCUUCAGAAGGCUUGACCCACAUGGGCAAGUCUCUUUCUUUUGACGAUAUGGACGAUUUCAAAGAAGAUGAUCUCGAAGAGGAUUACGACAGUGAUGGCUCAGUGCGUGAACAGCAGAGAUUGAAGCGUGUUCGUGCAAUAGCAGCCCAGGGUAGUGAUGGCGAAGAUGAUGAACCGGAACGAAAAAAGACGAAGAAGGAGGUGAUGGAGGAAGUUAUCGCCAAGUCCAAACACUACAAGUACGAGCGACAAGCUGCGAAGGAGGAGGAUGAAGAGCUCCGAGAGAAACUUGACAAGGAGUUGCAAAACAUCCAGUACAUGCUGCACCACAGCCGACCAGGCGCUAAACCUCAGAAUGAGGGAGCUGCAAAACCCACCAUCGCUGGAGUUGACCGAGACGCUUUCGAGAAGAACUUUGAUCUUCAAGUAAAGAAAUUAGCUCAGGACAAGAGGGCACAACCUGCCGACCGCACCAAGACUGAGGAGGAGAAGGCUGAAGAAGAGUCUACAAGACUCAAGGAGCUCGAAGACAAACGCCAGAAGCGCAUGAGAGGAGAGUCAGUCAGUGACAGUGAGGAUGAAGAAGUCGGCAACAAGGGCAAGAAGCCUGAGCUUGAUGCCAUGGACCUGGACGAUGAAGAGGACUUUGGCCUGGGCAGCGGUAUCCGAGCUCGUCCUACUGCUACUGAGCUUGGCUUUGACGAUGAAGAUGAUUUCGUCAUCGACGAUGAUCUUGUGGCUAGCGGCUCGGACCUGGCACUCGACAGUGAGGAUGAAUCAGACAUGGAGGAUGGGUCUGAUGAGGAAGCUGAGGAUGAGGAGGAUGACUUUACCAAAGGCCUGCUUAAUGAGGAAGAGAGCCGAAAUCCUGUUUUCGAUGCCGACUCGACAACAAAAGCCUCGGCGAUUCAGAAGGGUGACGAGCAAGGCCUCCCCUACACCUUUGAAUGCCCUCAAACUUGUGACGAGUUGCAAGUCACUUUGGCGCCAUACCCAGCCAAGACCUUCCCUACAAUUGUCCAGAGGAUUCGUGCCCUCUAUCAUCCCAAGCUCAGCAGUAUGAACAAGGAGAAGCUUGGCAACUUUGCAACUGCUUUAGUUGACUACAUCGGUCUGCCCUGGGACCCUGCCACUUCUGCCCCUUUUACGGUGCUUGAAAGCAUUGUUCGACACAUCCACUCUCUCGCAAAGAUGUUUCCUAUUGAAAUUAGCAAGCAGUUCCGCAAGAAUCUUGAGGAGAUGGGCGAGUCUCGACCCUUGGCACUAGGAACCGGAGACCUGGUUUUCCUUUCUGCAGUUGGCACCAUAUUCCCUACUUCCGAUCACUUCCAUCAAGUCGUCACUCCUGCUGUGUUGACAAUCACUCGAUACCUUGGCCAAAGAGUACCACAAAACCUGGCACAUUAUGCUAUUGGUACAUAUCUCUGUAUUCUUGCUGUCAGCUACCAGAAACUUGCCAAGCGCUACGUGCCCGAAGUUAUUAACUUCUCUCUGAAUACACUCUUGGCUCUGGCCCCUGUUGCCACUUCCAAGAAGGUCGGGAAUUUUCCUCUUCACAACGCUCUUGAGGGCGUCCGCACAGAAGCUGCAGCUGAGUCAGAGUUACGGAGACUCAACUUCUCAGACUGCAUCGAACAAGAAGCCAAAAAGACUGAAACGAUAGCCCGCAAGAUCGCUAUCCUCGAUACCACAGCACAAGUUAUAGAAGCUGCAGCAGAUACGUGGACUGGGAAGAGUGCAUUCCUCGAGACCUUUGGACAGGCUGCGAGCGUACUCAAACACCUCGGCAGCAAGACUUGCAGGUCACAAUUACCCACUGCUCUCAAUGAAAGACUCGAGAAGUUGCAGGUCAAAUUCGACCGCAUGCUUAAGGUUGCGCAACUAUCUCGCCGCAAUGUUGAGCUGCAUCAUCAUCGCCCCCUGGCAAUCAAAACCUAUGUACCCAAGUUCGAGGAAACAUUCGAUCCUGAUAAGCACUACGACCCCGAUCGCGAGCGAGCAGAGUUGGCCAAGCUCAAGAAGGAGCACAAGAAGGAACGCAAGGGUGCUCUUCGGGAGCUGCGCAAGGACGCCAACUUCAUGGCACGCGAGAAGUUACGGAUCAAGAAGGCAAAGGACGAGGCGUACGAGAAGAAGUACAAGCGUCUCGUUGCCGAGAUUCAAAGCGAGGAGGGUCGCGAGGCGAAUGCAUACGAGCGAGAGAAGUCUGCAAGAAAGAGGGCCAAGAACAGCCUACUGUUUUGUCCUUUGAACCGCUUUCAUUAUCGCCGUCAAAUCUUGCAGUAUCAGAACAUUACCACGCCUCAACCUCGCUCCUAUCAACUGCAAAGCAAACCGUCCACAAAUACACAAACAAGAAGUAUGAGCGCUGAACACAAGAACGGCGUAGGGGCACAAGAUGAAGAGGAGGAUGAUUACAUGAACAUGUCCUUUGACGACCCAACACCUGUAAAAGAGACAUCCAUACAGCGUACACAACGAUUGAAGCGUGAAUCGCGCGCACGUGGUAUCAUCAAGUCAAAAGAGCAAAUCGCAGAGGAAGGAGCAGCCGCACGUGAGAAGGCUCUCUCAACCUCAAUGCUUGACGAUGCCAAGGCGAAAAAGAGCAAAGGACUCGCCAUGAUGGCCAAGAUGGGGUUUACAGGCGAGCCUAUCAAGGUCAGCGUGAAGGACGACCGUGGAGGUAUUGGGUUGGAUAAUGAAAAGAAGCGCAAAGUCAGAGAAGCAGCUGAAGAGAGGGACAUGAAAGCUGUUAAAAUGGACCCAGACGAGUAUCGCGAGCGUCCCAGCGCACGGCAGAGAGGAUGGACGAUGAGAAGACAGAAGUUUAUGGCCCUGGCGCUUCACUACCAGAUUCUAAAGAUGAAAAGGAAAAUCAGACACAGAGAAGAAGUAGAACGCGACCGACGUAUGCGCUACGAUCUUGAGCAAUCACUAUCGCGACUACCAACAUACGAAGACGACCAGGAAGAUGCAGACGACAAGAGGGCAUUGGGGAAGGGACAUACGGUGUAUGCUACGGCUGAAGAUCUCGACGAAGAAGACAAGGAGCUGGACCAGUUCAAUGAGCUCGAGAUUGGGGAGCGGUUGAAGAGCGUGUUGGAGUAUCUGAGAGAGAAGCACCAGUAUUGUUUCUGGUGCAAAAUGGCCUAUCCUGAUGCUGAGAUGGAGGGUUGUCCAGGUUUGACCGAGGAGAAUCAUGAUUAACUGUGACAAUGCCGUGUCAUGACUAUUUUAUGAGAAAUAGAUAGACACCUCGUGCUGUUUUAACCGAUAUUAACACAAUAGGAAAGCUUCAAGACAUCAUUGUUCAUCACAAAGGCUGCUUUCAGCAAUAUCCUCACGCCUAGAUGGAAGACGUAUUGCUUGCCUAAGGCAAUCUUUUUUGUCUUCCUCGUUGCAUU